CUAGUCGAGGACUCUGAGUGGUGACGAUGGUCGCCGUCAGCGUGCGCACAGCCACCAUCUGUAAUGCUCUUUCUCCGUGACUGUCAGCCAGGUGUUGCAGCUUAAAGGCCUUGACCCACGACAGCACCCUCUCCUCCCGUCUGGACGCGGUUUCUCAUCAAUGGAAGUGGUUAAUAAAGUUCUGGGUUACAUUUCUCGGUGGAACGAUGGUGGAGACGUUGAAUGUCGCAAUUUUCUUGUCGGACCUCACUCUAAUUCCUCUGAUUCCUCCUCAAUCGACAUCUUGGCCACUGCCUACGAAGCCCUUUUGUCGGCUACUCUAACAACACGCCCCCCGAAACAUUCUUUAACCGUCGAGACUCUUGUUUCUUUCGUCCAGUCGGUUUUUGAACACCUUCCUUCCACCUCCUCCGCCACUCGGUCUUCCAAUUUUUCAGCACUCGGCGAACAAUUGGUUGAUAUAGUAUGGUCGCUCGACACCACACUUGACGAGAUACUUGUUGACGCAAACACCUCAAUCAAUCGUUGUGGCGAGCAGCCUGGAGACAAAUUCACCUCCCUUCUUGCAAAGUCAAACAAAACUAAGCAGAAUGUAGAAGCAGACAAGGUUAAGAUAGGUAGUGUCGUCAAAAGAUUACUGGAACUGGGUAUCCUCGACCCAACUUGUUGCCGAGAGCGACUAGAUUCUGCUAUACUGGAGAAUGUUGGGCUUAUUCCGGACAAGGCUCUCAGUGAGAAGAAAGAGAUCAGACUAAGGACCGCGUUAUUCUACAAGCAGAAUAAGUUCAACCUUCUGCGCGAACAAUCCGAAGGGUACAGCAAGUUGACCGUCGAACUCACCAGCAAUUUGGGUCCCGCUCACUCUUCCAGUACCGGCCGACCUAUUGAGACUCAUGAUUCGAUCGUUGAGAGGGCUCGUCCCGUCUGGGAGAAAAUCAUCAGUCUCAUUGGUUAUUUCGACUUGGACCCAAACAAAGUCCUCGAUAUCAUCCUCGACGUCAUGUCCGUCCAUCUAGCCACACAUUAUACUUUCUUCAUUGCACUUCUCUUGUACUCUCCCUGGUCCCAUCUAAAUGUGGAUCAGGUCAAAAUCAAGGGCGAGGAUAUGUCAACAGAUCCACCUGUUGGACAGUAUCAAGGCAAGACGUUGGACGAGAUAUUGUCGUUGGCGGAUAAACGGCCGAUACGGUCAUACAAAAAGAAGGGCCCUAGCGUAUUGGCGCAGGUACUUGGAUUCAAGCUCGCGCACUAUCAGUCCCCCGAAGUCCGGGAACAACCUCCGAAGGCACUAUAUCUCGCUGCUGCAAUAUUGAUACGAGAGGGGUUUAUUGAGUUGGAGGACUUGUAUCCGCAUCUCUCACCAAAAGACGAUGACAUGGACAAAGUUUAUCAAGGCUAUUUGAAAGAGGUCGAGAAUAGAAUCCAGGCAGCCAAGUUCAGUCACUUGGCUAUGGCCGCUCCCCUUGAAUCCAGUGGAACCACCUCGAAACCCAAGGCGGCGGCACCAGCAGAAUCCAAAACGCCAGAACCCAAAGAUCCACCGGACCAGAAAUCAGCCUUAGUUUCCGCCCUCUUGUCGGUCGGCUCCCUCAAACCAGCCAUUGCAAUCAUGUCUAAAUUUCCGUGGAUUGCCGACGCUCAUCCGGAAAUUGCAGACCUUAUGAUUAGAGUGUUGACAUGUUCUCUAGAGCCGUUAUACGAUUCUCAGUUGGUCACGAAAAGUCGAAAUACAGGGUUCACUCAACCGCGCGCUAGAUAUGGCACGACUGGCUUGGUUCAGCCAAGCCCCAAGAAGCAGACGUUGACUAUCUGGGCUCCAACUCCUCCUAGUACCCACACAACAGAUUUUGUUUUCUUUUUUGCAGAUUGGAUGGAUCUGAUUCCAGUGUGCACCUGUCUGGAGGAUCUCGAAGAUGUUAUUGAACCUUUGAUGCGAUUUAUAGGCCUGCAUAUCUCCCGCGAUCCCUUAUUCCUUACCAAAUUUGUCAGACUUGGUCGCAAACAUCUUUCCACUGUUAUCCCUAUCGAAAAACAGCCAGCAGGAGAAGUCGAGUCAGACCACCCAAUAUACGCCUUCUGGUUCAAGGUUUCGAGGAUGUAUCUCCUCCCCGCGCUGUCUCUCAUCAGAGGCAACGCUGUUUGUGCGGUCGAUAUUUGGAACAUUAUCAAAUUGUAUGAUGUUACAGCAAGAUGGAGGUUGUGGGGUGAAUGGAGAUCGUCGACUUACAAGUCGCACCCCGAACUUCGAAUUCGCCAGGUUCAAGCCGAGAAAGAAUCGAAAGGAAUCUUGCGACGUCUUUCACAUAAUACCAUCGAUUCUCUCUCUGGCCCGUUCGCCAAAUUAUGCCAUUCCAAUCCCUGCAUCCUAUUCAGCAACUGUGUUACUCAAAUCAUGGCAUAUGAUAACUUGGCACAAGUGGUGAUAUCAGCACUCCGAUACAUCACUAUUUUUGGCUUUGACGUUCUGGUGUUUAUUAUCUUGGACGCUCUUUCUAAUCCUAACAAAGAACGGGUGAAGGAUGAUGGUGUCAACACGUCGGAUUGGCUGCUCAGCCUUGCCUCAUUCGCAGGAAUGGUGUUCAGGCGAUUCGGAUUCGAUUUGACACCUUACCUGCGGUAUAUCACUCACCAACUUCAGCAAGGCCAAACAACCGAAAUAGUCGUGUUGAGGGAACUUAUAUGGAAGAUGGGUGGAAUCGAACCUCUACCAAGUCUCUCGGACUCGCAAAUACAGGCAAUGGCAGGUGGUCCUGCAUUGCGGAUCGAAGCGAUCGCUUCGACUACACGUGGAGCCCGGUUGGAACCGGGUGACGCUAAUCUUAGAGCCCCCCAACGACUUGGCAAGGCGUUGGUUGACGGAUCUCUAGCACUUCCUCUCCUCAUACAAGUUGCACAACAAAGGCAGUCAGCUAUUUUUCAAGCACGUGAUGCACAUCUCAAAUCACUGGCAAGCUUGUAUGAUACAACACAUGGCGUCCUUCUCCAAUAUCUGGAACUUCUUACUACGCCUCAGGUUGUUUCGCCUGAGGAUUAUGGGAACAAGGUACUCCCACCAUUGGGAGAUUUGGCCGAGUUGUACGGUAUCUGUGCUCCAAUAUGUAUGCAAAUCAUACGUCCUGUUCUGCAUGCUCAAUUGCGGGACACUGCGUUGAAGAUGGUUGAAGAAGAACGCAAAGCAAAUGAAGCGCGCGAGAAGGGUCUGAAGGAGAAGUUGACUGCCAAACGGGAGACGAGCUCUCUAUCAACAUCGAGAGUAUCGUCUCCAGCCCUGGCAAGCAAAGAUAAUCCUGACUCUGACUCCAAACCAGACGCAUCCGAGAAUAACGAAGAUGUGUCGAUGGAGGCAGAAACGAAAACCGUUCCGGAGAGCCCAUGGUUGCCUCAACUAGCCGUAUUGUUCGAUGAAGUCAAGAGGACUAUACCGCCUCACGUAUACGACGUCUUAGGCCCCGGAUUCUACGUCACUUUUUGGCAACUCUCGACCUACGACUUGUCACCUCCUGGGUCCAAGUAUGAUGACGAGAUGGCUAAUCUCCGGGCUCUUAUCCGACAAGAGGAUUCAAGGUACAUAUCUGCGGACCGUGCUGCAGAUCGUGCGAGACGGCAAUUAGCCCCAGCUCAUAAAGCUCGCCGUGAUCGUUAUACGACAUUUGUAGACACUCUCACCAAAGAGUUCAAGGAGCAGACUAUUUGUCGUGCUUUUACCCUGAAGCGCCUUGCGCGAGAAAAACAACACUGGUUUCCGUUCGGCAUGAAGAAAUCUCAAAGACUCGUGGAAGUUCUAAUCGAGCAUUGUUUACAACCGAGAUGUCUCCUAUCGCCCAUGGAUGCCGACUUUUGUGCACAGUUUGUGAAAGUGAUGCACACACAAGGAACACCUGGGUUCUAUACUCUCGGUUGCUAUGAUAAGCUUCUUGGGGACCAGGUUAAGGUUGUUCUGUUCUCCUGUAGUGAAUAUGAGGCUCGAAACUAUGGUCGAUUUUUACUGGGGAUACUGACCGACUUGUCAAAAUGGCAUCAGGAUGAACAGGCGUACAUUCAAGAUAAUAGGUCGAAAGUCGGAGGAAAGACAAUUUUACAUGCUGGCUUUCAAGCUAAAUACCAACUUCCAAUGCCUUCGGAACAUCAGUUGAAGUGGAAGGAUUUCCGUAACCUCCUUCGGAAAUGGCAUAAAAAGUUGGCGAACGCCUUCACGGAAAGCAUUCAGACACGCGAAUACAUGCAUGUGUAUAACGCAAUCAUUGUCUUGAAAGAGGUCCUUCCUGUGUUCCCUCUUGCGUCUGUUUACCAGGAUGGCGGUGUACAAUUGGAUCGUGCUGUGGAUCAAUUCCUCGAAACAGAGGAACGCGGGGACCUCAAAAUUCUUGGCAGAGCUUAUUCUGCAAGCUUGAAGAAGCGAGAAAAUCUGUGGACAGCGUCCAAACCGGUUGCGAAGUCAAGUACACCUGCCGCCCCGUCCCCAAAACCGGUGCAAUCCACUGGCAUCCCGGAGAAACCGCGGGCAGCACCUCCUACAGGACCCAGUGCCCAAAGUUCCUCCAGUAAUGAUAAUAAACGCCCUACCGGUACACUACAACCAAGCGUAUCGGCUCCUUCUGCACCGCGGGCUCAACUCGCCAACCCCGGCAAAGCUACCCAACCUCCCGCUGAUCAUCCGACCACAAAUGGAACCAGCGUCGCCGGGAAAUCCGGGAUGGAAAGUGUUCCUCGCCCUCCUGUCGUUAAACGUGUUCGCCCCGAGGUGUCAAGACCGGAUUCACCUCAAGUACCGAAUGGUGCCUUUGAGCCCAAUAAAUUCGCCUCUGAACAGGAUGAUACAGAGAACACUGGUACGGGCGGUCAACCGCCUCAUUCACCACGUGGCCCUAGGUGGAACGAGGAAAAACCACCAACUGAACCUCUUGCUGUCAUGCCUCCUCCCUUUGCUCCAAGUCAGACCCUUUCAGCCCACGAACUACGGGAGACGGCCAAGCAAAGUAUAAGUCGCCCGGAGAAAACCGCUGAGGAGAGGACGCCUCGCCCAAACAACGAACCUCACAGUCAAACUGGUUCUGCAGCACACUCGCCUCGUAUUCGGUCGUCGUCUCCUCCUACACGACCUGGUACAAGGAAUCACAGUUCUGAAAGUCGGACCAGUGGCGGAAGAAGUCGCAACGAGCGUGCUGAAGGGGAAGAGAAACGAACAUCGGAUCAGUCGCGGGGUGACUCUUCUAGAGACCACACUGGACUGAUACGACGUGAUAGCGUUACGCACUCUCGUAGCGAGCGUAGAGAAAGAGGUGACGGUGAACGCGAAAAGGACCGAGAAAGCCGUCGUGAUAGGCACGGCGACAGAGAUCGUGACAGGGACCGUGACCGCGAUAGAGACCGGGACCGCGAACGCGAUAGACAUGGUGAUCGUCAUCGUCGAGACGACAAAGAUCGUGAUAGGGAAAGUCGGAAGGAGCGAGAGAGCGCAAGGAACCAAAAUAGUGGAUCCACAGCACCGAGUGAAGACCGAUCUGUACUUCAACGUCCCGAUAACUCGAGGCAUAGGAAUGGCGCGGAGGAAAAUCUUGGGAAACGAAGGAGAGGGCCCGAUGACGAGUUUGAACGAGGAUCCAAACGAAGUUCUCGUAAAGAACGAGAUGAACGUAGGCGUCUUGGAGACAAAGAGAGUCAUGAAAAACUACGUGAAUCAGAAAGGCCGGACCGACGAAGGAGAGAGAGGGACACGGAGUCAGAGCCUCGUGGUUUAACUGGAGAUAAGCCCAGCGAAAAGCGCUCUGCCGAGAGUGCACAAACAAUGCCAUCCACACCUUCGUCCACGAAGACCCUUCCGUCCACCACACCUUCGGCUCCUCGAGCAAUGUCUUCUAAUGAUGUACAUAAAAAGAGUGAAUCAGGCCCAGGACGUAGCCAGCGUGAUCAUGGACCCAGCUCAGGUUCAAAUGCUGUUCCCGUCGAAGGAUCCCCUGGUGCGAGUCUUCGUUCUCGCAUAGGGGACAAGCCGGACACAUCAUCGCGCCCUCCUGUAUCUUCUGGACCCUGGAAAGACGACCGUGAAGGUCGCAAAAGGACGUUCGGUGAUCGCGAAAAAGACGCCGGUGAAGGCCAAGGUGAUCAGGGCGUUCCUAAACGUCCUCGCAUCAUUCGAAAUCGAUAUCAGUCGGCCCCGGGCGAAGCGAGUAUUGCACGGAGAGCACUGGGUUUCGACCCACAACCAUCAGAAAAGUCGUCCGAGAAGGGUCGAAGAAGAGAUUAAGCGUAUUCUAUUCGUCUGCUCUGUAAUCCCGGACUUGUGGAACUAGAAAUUUAAAGUUGGGCCCCGAUCGAGCGCCCACAUGUAAUCCUCGUUUCCCACGCACACCAUCACCAACAUCUCAACGAAUCCGACUCGAGGGUCCCAACCUGAGGCUAUUCGCAAUGGCAAUAGGCAUUGCUUUUAAUUUGUAAGUUGACUGGACCAAACGCUUUUGUUAGGUCUUCUACUUCGCUAUUUUCUCUACGUCGCUGAGUAAGCUCGAACUUCCCUUGUAACUUCGACAAGGAUCAGCGAGAAGGCGGUGAUAGAAGUUCUAAUAAACGCCUGAAAUGGUCAGAAGGAUCAUUGUUGGCGGUUGUUUCUUUAUUGUUCAUGCCCCACGGGACGCAUACUCAAAAUACCUGCCUUUCCUUUGGACAACCACUAAUCCUCAUCGAAAUGAGCUGCUCGAUUUGUCGAUUACCCUUCGUUCCUGCACCCAUUGCUGCAAACCCAUGCGCAGAGCAUUACCCGCCCGA